GGAUUGGACGAUCGGGCAUGUUCGAGCGAGUUCAUGUUUAUGUGCGAAACGUGAGCUUAACAGUGUUAAAAUUCAUUGUAAUCUUAUGAGCCGGUUUAAUGUUCUAUAUAUGUGUGAAUUCAAUGUACGUGUUGGUAGAUUAAACUAAAAAUAAAUUAAAAAAAAGAUCUCAUUCAUGUUAAGAAGAUGCUCUAGUCGAUCAUCAACCCAUUCCCAUCCGAUUAUAGAAGGUCAACAGUUCUGCAAUCACUUCACAUUGACGACGAACGCUCUGCCUGUUGGUGUGUUCUGUGUGUGUUUGUGUACGCUCUUCAAACAGGUUCCACACACAUGCUUCCACAAUGCUUCCAUGCCGAUGAGCCCUGCGUUCCUAACAAAUCAAUGUUGUGUUGGUAUUGAUUAUGCUGCUCCAGCGUCUAUCUGCAGCGUCGGUGAACUCAACGCGCGAUCGUACCAGGGUGUUUAGUGUUUUCGAAGCCAUCGCUAAGAAAUGAUGAAACCACAGACACUGUUUCUGCUGCUCCUGCUGACGGCACUUCAGCUGGCGGCCCAGGACACGGCAUUCGGUCUCUUCCGGCAGAAGGAGUACUACUUUAGCAGCUCUUUCAAGCUCAACUGGUACAAGGCGGUCGAGUACUGCCGAUCGCGCGGCAUGUUCCUGCUGUCGGUGCGAAAUGCCGAGGAGCGGGAAGCCGUCAUCGAGUAUCUGGACAGUACCGGGUACACGAAAACGCACAAAGGCCUGAUAGCCUGGAUAUCGGCGAACGAUCUCGGCGAGGAGGGCGAAUUUCACUGGGCCUCGACGGGGGAGCGCGUAAACUAUCAGAACUGGAGCGAAACGGAACCGAACGAUUACAAGAUCGACGACUGCAACGGAGAGGAUUGCGCGAUCCUGGAGUACUGGUCGGAGGGUGGGGCCAACUAUAACUACACCUUCAACGAUCGGUUCUGUGGGCGGGAGUAUCUGUUUAUCUGCGAAACGUUGCCUGCAUGAUGUAUGUACUGACCUGAUGUUUUUAUGUGAAGAAUUUUGAGUAAACCACAACCAGUUAGAAGCGUGCUCGCUUUGCUAGCCCCUA